CGCCGGGCAGCUGUACUCGGGCAAUCGCUGGUAGCAAACCGACAGUAACCGACAGCACCUUCACGAACAGGUGAAACUAUUCUUUAGCAACUUUUCUUGUGAGCACUGUCGCUUCGAAACAAGUCAGCGGGUGUAUUAGAGACAAAACAUCGACGUGAGUUCAUUAACAGUUAGUUUUCCUUCUCGCAAUGGCAUCGUCUGCAAUGAUCACCGUCCCCACCACCGCCUCCCGCUUCGCCCUGCUCCAGAUAGACUCGGACUCGGACUCUGACGCAUCCGAUGCGGGGAAGACCACCGCUAAAUCCGGACGGGACUCCUCCGGGAAGCCCCGACAAGGCAAGGCAGGAGGAGCCGGGGGUAAAGGGGCUCAGUGCAACGACAAGAAGAAGGACAAGAAAAAGAAGAAGAGGGAGCAGCAGCAGACUGAGGCAAACGAGUUACGUAAUCUGGCCUUCAAGAAGAUUCCUCAGAAGUCGUGUGUCCCGCCUCCCUGUAUGACACUGUCAGGAAUAGCCAGUGAACUUCUCAAUCCUGCACCAGGGGAACAAAAUAUACCGUCAGAGGGGUGGCAGCAGUGGAAGCAGAGGGAUGAGCAGAUAACCACUGAGCUUUAUGAGGCCGACUUGGAAAAAGCCUUAAUUCUAAGUAAACUUGAGUUUGAACAAAACAAACAGCACAACACAAACGCAUCCUCGCCAAAGUCACGAGGAGGAAAAGAGGGAGGAGGGAAGAAGGACAAAAAGAAGAAUCAACAGGCAAAAGACAAAAAGACAGUUUCACUGCAGGACUUCCAGGCUGAGGGCAGUGCAGAACAUUUGAGUAAGAAACAAGAGAAGGAGGACGCCAGAGUGACUAACCUAGCGUUGGGAACUGGGCAGGAGGAGCGUUUUUUUAACAAGCUUGAGGAUGAUGUCACUCGAAUUAUUCAACAGGAGAAGAGACGUGAGCAGUAUGCCAACAGCCAGGGACAGGAAGUCAACACAUCUACAGAACAUGAACCGGACCCCCGAGCAGAGCAGCUGAAGUACGACCUGGAGAAGAAAGACCAGGAAAUCGACAAAUUAAAGAAGAACAUUUCACAGUGGGAGGGGAAAUACAGAGAGGUGAAAACAAGAAAUUCCCAGCUUCUUAAAAUGCUCCAACAGGGAGAGAUGAAAGACAAAGCAGAACUUCUUCUACAGGUGGAAGAGCUAUUACACAUAAAAGAAGAACUGUCAUUACAGGUAGCAUCAUUACACGCUGCACUUGAACAAGAAAGAUCUAAAGUCAAAGGUCUGCAAUCAGAACAACCGAAACAUCAGACAAGACAAGAAGCAGCCAGUGAGUCAGGUGAAGUGAGAGCAGUUGCAGUGGAAACAAGAAAGGGAGGAAAGGCUCGGAGAUGGAUCUAUGAAGGUCCAAAACAGAAAAGAUCUUAAAAGCAAAACUCAACAAAUGGAUGAACAAAUGAAGUAAAAAAUCAACUGAUCUCAUAAUCAGGGUUUUCUUUCCUUAUUUGGUUCUUUUUUUUUCUAGCUGGGACUCCAUGUCAGCAUAUAAUGCAUGCCCCCCUAAGUACACACACACACACACACACACACACAUACA